AUGUACCGGAAACGGAAAGCUGCUAAUUCUGCAAACCUUGCACCAUGGUUCCCACCACACUUGCAACGAAAUAUAUACCUUUCGUUGCUUCACCUCGACCCGGCGGAAGGGAAAGAGAAGUCCCCCGCGGUGCCAGAGAGCGUAUUGCGCGCUGCGCUAUUACGAAGAGCAGUGGAAGACAUAAGGAGAAUAAUCGAAAUUAGAAGCGCAAAGCAAGCUUGCAGUACUUUGCUGCAACGAGGCAGUAUCGGAGACGACCUCUGGCAACGCUUCUUAAGGGCUGAGAAGGAGAUGGAAGAGGAACUGAGAGAUGUGGUCAUGGAGGCAAAUGCGCUCGCUCCCAACUGGGGCCAGACGAUAUUCCAGUCUGCAAACGAGAUCGCAGCAGGGACCAUGUUCCAAAACCGCCUAAAGGAGAUCCAAGCCCAAACCGAUGUGGAGAAGGAAUGGUGGGAAAAGCGAAGGGCAUCUAUCCAGUCAGAGUUCAUGAAGGAGCUUGAUAUACCAACCACCACGGUUGGCAAAUCUAGCGACGAUGACGCGGUUUUGGUUGAAAGCGCGAACGGAAGCAUCAGGAAUAAGAAGGGCAAGAAGUGA